AAAGGAUUAGCAUUAAAGGCACGCUUGGAGGAAUCAGCCAGCCUUCUCGACACACUUCGACUUUUGCCUUGUUGCCUCGCCGCCUACUACUUAGGAAACAUGUUAACACAGGUUAUCGCUAUCGAUUAUGGCUCAAGGGAGAGGCUGCAAGAAAUCCUUGAUGGUAUGCUUGGCGAAGAAAACUUCAAGCUGGUUCAGCGCAUCUCGAAUCAAUGGCAAAUCAAACUAGUAAGGCGAUUAACGAUCGAGGAGAUUGACGAGAUUCGGAUACAUAUGAGAAUUCACUACCUUCCGACCUCAUGACUACAGCGGCCAAAGUUACGAAUCAAUUCGCUCAGUGUGGCAUCCUUUGGGAUAA